CAACCCCAGUCCCACCCGAACCCAAGCCCUCUCCUCUCCGGCGGCCGUCGCUUUCCCCUCGGACCCCUCCCCUCCGCCCGCUCCCGCCAGACGCUCCCGGUUCUCCACGUCUCGCCCCCCUCCCUCCGGACCCCGCCUACGCGCUCCAGGUCCUUGUUGAGUGAAGCAUCUUCCUUCCUUUUUCUGACAAUGGGUAUGGAGCAUUUGAUGAGUGUCGUGAAUCCUUCAUCAGGUUACAUCUUACAAAGAGGUCUUGAACGCCGUGGUGAUGGAACGAUGGAGGAAAAGAAAGACCUACAGAAGCAGAGGACAGAAAGAAGAAUGAUGGAAGACUACCAAAACACAGAAAGCAGAGAUGGGGCGAUCAGAUGUCCAAUUCCAUGCAAAAGCAGCAGACCGUACAGGGACUAUGAUUUUAAAAGUGCACAAGAUAUCUCUGAUUUUAUGGUGAGCAAGGCUUCUCCUCCAUACUUCAUGGGAUCUCCGCCAGUUCGUGCAAGCAAUCCCCUUGUCAAUGACAGACAGUUCUGUGCUUGGAAAGUACAAAGCGUUGAUGAGUCACUCGGCAUUCCUAUACCAACCAGGGGCUACCGCGUUGGCUACAACAAAAGGGGAGGGUCUGCUACAGAGGAUUGAAGCUACAUUUAUCAGUUUCAUGACCUCGCUGUGAAGUUGUAGUUGUAACAAGGGAAAAUUGUACAUAGGAAGUCAUCACCUUCGGAAGCUUCUGUUUUCGAGGUUUUUUGUGGCAUGUCAUCGGUAGUUAUGUGUAUAUAUCUUUUCGUUCAGUUUUGCGGGCAGCGAGGCUAGUUUUGGCAAAUAAAUUUGUCAAACUCUGUUGUUGAGAAUUGAGGUUUUUGUUCAGGUUUAAUGGAAAUGACAGCAUUUCUUUA